GCUGUGCGCUCACAGCAAGCUGUCAGAUAGUAAACCCCAUCUUCUCAUUAGAGUAGCUUUAGAGUAGCAUGUACCACGAUACCUUGAAGAAACUGUCAUUACGGGGAGGCAGGCGGGCUGGAGCUGGCCGAAAACGCUUACCCGACGAUCUCAAGCGACAACGCCGCGCCAUGCGUAAGCAAAUCACGAUCUCGUGGAACGUAAGCCGCGAAUGGGAGGAUAAAAAACAUGCGUUUGGGAUGAAAAGGGAUAAAGAAUUCUUACAGUAUAUUCUAAGGCAGGCGAGGCCAGUGGAAGAAGAAGACAAAGAGAACCCUCUCGGCAGCCUCCGGAAUCUCGUCACCCACUUCAACGACUUCCGCCGCGAAAACAAGUUAUGCGACGCCGUCCUCCAAGUCCGAUCCCCUGAGGGAGUCACGCUUAGUUUUUCGGCACACAAACUCGUUCUCGUCAUGACCAGCAAGUAUUUCAAGAGUCUAUCCAAGGAGGACUUAAAAGCGAAAUGCGAGUUCUUUCUGCAGGAUGUCACGGCGAAAGGACUGGGGUUGCUGUUGGACUAUAUGUACGGUUUGAAAAUAGAUCCGGCGGUUCAUUACUCGUGCGUGGAGGAGAUCGUCAACGCCGCCACUGUACUUCAGGUGGAUUCUUAUCUGAAACACGCAAGGAGCAUUAUCAAACGUGGUCGGAAGAUUGCCGAAAUGGCCCAGAUGAUGUCGCAUCCACUUGACAAGCCCAUGAACCUUUCUUCGGACGUUAAUCUUGCCCUCGAUGCGGUCGGGCGCUCCCGUGGCGAGAGCGUCUCCCAGAGUCCAGACAGUACGCAGAAUGCACCAGUCCAGGUGCACUCUACGGAUCAACAAAAGUUGAUCAAUGCCGCUCCAGUAUUUCCAGCUGGUGCUUCGAAUUUGACCUGUAGUACCGCCUCUCUAUUAAAUCAGAGUGGUGGCCAGUGUACUACCCCCUCCGGAUCUCAGGCUCUUCCAAAUACUCAACCAAUGUACCUCAUGAUGCAAGGUGUCAAUGGACUUCAGAAUUUCGUGCUCCCCGCUGCAGGUCUACCUCAGUAUCAACUGCCGGCUCUCGGGUUCUUGCCAGGUAUGCAAGUGCCACCUGGUGGCCAACUAGGAAAAAUACCGACAGAGGAAUUAAGGACGGCCGCUGCUGACAUCAAGGCGGAAGUCGCGGAAGAGGCUCCAAGAUCAGCAAAGAGUCGCAGAAGUCCAAACGGUAUCUUGGAUUUCAGCAAAGGUGACCCUGAGGUGGCGAACUAUCUAAAUUCGCACCCCGAACGAACAGUCCAUCGUCGGAAGCAGAGAACGCAGCGGUUUCCCGCCGAGGACACAAAUCAGGACGCAAAUCAGCCAAUUGACCUCUCUAAGGUCAAAUCGGAGGUCAAGGUCAAAUCAGAACCGCCAGAUGACUGUUACUUUGGUUAUCAGACCCCGCCAUUUAACGGGGCGCUGCGGCUGAAUAUUGCCUCCGCGUCCAAGUCUGGUGCCGGGAAAUCCAUAAAUAGACAAGUGUCUUGCGAAUCUGUUGUUAGUCCGUCUGCUGCAAGAGCUGCUGCUAGCGUUGUUGACUUCAAGGGUGACCUUGGUGAGCGGUUCGAAUACAAAUGCGAUGUAUGUCCGGAACACUUUCAGUUCAAGUCUUUCCUAGUGAGACAUGAGAAGAAAACUCACAAAUAUCACUACCAGUCUUUCUUAGCGCACAAAGGACGCUAUCUGAAGUAUCUUCAGCGUGAUAGGAAAAGCAGACGACAUUCUUGCAAAACGUGCUUCAGGAAAUACUCGCAAGAGAGCGAUCUGAGGAGUCACUUGGCGGCGAUCCACACAUAUAAAAGAUGCCCGAAAAAAUCGAAGAAAGAUCGCGGUGGUGAUGGGUACCGUCUCGAUCAUUUCGUCUGCUGCUCAUUCUGUAAACAAGAGUUCACUUCGAAGAAAUCGCUGAGCAAGCACAUCAAGGAGCUCCACCUAGCAAAAAGUAAGAGAUUUCCAUGUGACAAGUGCUCAAGGUCAUUUGCCAUGCCAGAGAGUUUGCAGAGACACCGUAGCUACAAGCACAAGGUGAAGGUCACUCCGAAGGAGCCGGCCCUGGACAUUCAUGGUAGUAUGUUCUACCCCGAUCGUGAUAAAGCCAAGGUCAAGGUCGAUAACGUCUCGGGAACAUUUUCCGCGCUACAGUUAGUCAGAGCAAGUGAAGCCGCCAACCCACCAAGAGCUCAGUGGAUUUGCCAUUUGUGUAGCCUGGUUUACAACCAACGGUCUCUUCUGAUGAAACAUUUGCAAAUAAUUCAUAAUAUUGAAACUCCGAAUAUCCCACUGAGCCCUACUGGUGAGAUGAAUCGUCCAAACGACACGUUCAAAGCGAGGUGGAUCUGUCACGCCUGCUCACUAUAUUUUGGUCACCGCUGGUCUCUGCUGCGCCACCUUGAACUCAUGCAUCGAAUUGACAAACCUCAGGUUCAGCCCGUGUAUGGUCAUGGUCAAACACGGGAUGACCAGGGGUGCACUCAGAGUCCACAAGUAGAGGAAGUGAAACCAGAACCAGCAUUUGAAUCACUCGCUGCUGCCGCGACUCCACCCAUCACCCGUCCUGUCCACAUCCUUCCAAGGCCAUCGGUAUUCCCGGAGAUGAUCCCUGUGCCGGCGCCACCGGAGAAAACCAAUGAGCCAGUGCCGCCAGAGAGGAUCCGUGUGCCAGUGCCGCCCCCAAGGGAACGUCACAACAGACGAUCAAGCUCCAUGAACAACAUGAACAACUCCAGCCCGUAUAACGUCUGCCCAUCGUCAAUGGCGACAACUUCACCGGUCCAGGAGAGCAUCUUAGAAACCCGCGCAAAUAUCCAGGCUCCCGCAUAUAGCCAGAUGACAUUCAAGCUAAUAAAAUCAAAGAAAACUGACCCGAAAAACGGCAAGAAUGACUACACUUUAAAACUAUGGCCGAGGAAGGAGAUGGUGUCGUUUGGAAACAAAUGGAGCGUUUACAAGUGCACGCAGUGUGGAAUGCCCUUCCGGCGAAUCCAGUGCUUCACCAAACACAUGACCAAGGUGCACGGGAUGCCCUUUGCGAUGGCGCAAGUGGACACGGACAACAUGGCGGCAACCAACACCCGCAGCAGCAGCAGAAGUGAGCGAAGGUCGGAGAAGAAGGAGGUCUCGUACAACUUCAAACAGUACAUCCCGCCCGAUGAACAUGGUAAUGACCAUUACACGAAAUUCAGAAAGACUUAGUGAGAACCUCAUUGUUGAUACUUGCCGGUAACUGCAGCUGAAGGGGUUAUUGUCGUCCUGGGUGAUGCACAAUAUCACCCAGGCUCUAUCUGGCGAUGCAUAACAUCACCCUGGGUGAUCUUGUGCAUUCGUUUCGCGAUUGGUGACGAGGUUGUCAAAUCGUAGCAUGGUACUUCUGCUAUACCGUAGACGACCGCGCACGGCGCGUUUUUUGUGCAGUUCACUGCACUUUUCAUUCUUUUUCAUCGAUUAUUUUGAUGUUCCACGAAUAAUUUCGAAUUGAUUUCCCGUCCUUUGGCAACUAAAGAUGCCCUUUCGACUUCGGGAAUAGCUGCCAAAUGAUGUUUCAAGUCGCGCUGGUGAACCAGAUGAACGGCCGCCAUUUUUUUUUUGGCCGUGAACAUUUCCACGUCCGCCGAUUCGACAACCCCGUCACCAAUAGCGAAACGAAUGCACAAGAUCACCCAGGGUGAUGUUGUGCAUGCACAAUGUCACCCAGGGUGAUGUUAUGCAUCACCCAGAUAGAGGCUGGGUGAUAUUGUGCAUCACCCAGGACGACAAUAACCCUUUUGGCGUAACUGCAGAGUGGGCAAUUGAUCCCCGUGAACCGAUGACUUUCUGCCAAAGGUUAGGCAUACUGAUGAGGGAUGACUGUCAUUUUAAAAAGACAUCAUACAUAGCUUAGAUUGGCUGGCGCCAAUCCCAAUCCCAACCCUAAAUUCGAAUUUUUGUUGGAUGUGCUUAGGCGAAUGGAUAUUAAAAAGUUCUGAGACUGUGUGCGGAAAUCAUGGUUGCUCAGGUCGCGAUCCUCGGCUUGAUAUUGGGAACAUGCGUUAAGAAGAAUGUAGCGGGCGUGGUGUGUCCCUCAACACGGGCCUGUCCCGCCUGCGGACAGCUUAUCGAGCACGCUGACGCCUGCACACACAUGCGUUGUCCUUGCAGCAAUCAGUUCUGUUCCAUAUGUCUGAAGCAGCAGACCAGUGGUGGCUAGACGUGCGGCAGCUUCAACAGUCUUUGCACCGUAGCCCCAGUGCAAACUACCCUGCCAGGACAGUAGAAGAUAAUGCGUCAAAGAAAAUGAGGCCCAGAAGAGAUGGACUUCCAAGUUUUUGACUAUCCUCUUCGGGUACACGAAGCAUGAUGCUGCACGAACGGCGAAUGUUGGACAAUGGGCCUUUUGAUUGCUUCGUGUUCCGCAUGCAUGGCACUCAUAGAAAUAAAGGUUUUUGAGCUAAUACAAAAUGGUUUUUCGUCCAACACAGAUACAUGUAUGCACCCCGUUGAGGUUUUUUUAGCGUGAAAAGCGAAAACGUUCAGAGGUUCUUCACAAUUUAAAAAAACCAUUGGGGUUUUUCAUUUUAUCAAAAAAACCCUACUGGGCGCAUAUUUGUGUUGGCCAAAAAACCCUUGAAGGUUUUUUAGGAGCUCAAAAACUGGCGUGGUAUGCUGGAUGGCAUGGUAUGCUGGCCCGCAUUGAUGAUUUCUCUACUCUGUGACACACAUGUAUAUCUCAGAAGAAAUUCAUAUACUAUAUACCCGACAUUUAUUCUGAAUUUUGUUCACUCCCGCCAGUCAUAUGCGUCAGUCAUAUAUCCUAGGAACCCAGGUCGCACGCUCUGGCCAACAUCCACACAAGGGUUUAUCGAUU